AUGUCGGCGUCAACCAGCGGCGGCGGGGGGCUCUCGCCGCAGGCGGCCGCGGCGCUCCAGGAGGGCAUCGGGCUUGUGUUCGGGCGGUGGACGGCGCUGCAGAUGGCGGUGGAGAACGGGUGGGGCGGCCGCGACUCCCGCGCCAAGGCCGACCGGCUCGCCGCCGACGUCCUCUCCUUCUUCACCAACUCCAAAGGUCCAUAUUAUUAUGAUGACUUGGAGGAGAUGAUGUUUGACAGCAUAUCCGAAUCCUUCAACGCUGACUUUGAGGAUGGAAGUGUUGGGGAGGUUGCUGAACAGGUAUUGAUUAUGCAUGAAGAAUGCCUGCAAAACAACUAUUCGUCGAUUGAGAAGCUAAGGAACACACGUGCUCAAGGAAAUGCUGUUUCCCAAAGUAGAAUGAUGGUAACUGAUGAAGGCGAUGAUAGCUCGGAUGAUAGCUCGGACGAUGACGACGGCGAUGAACCAGCCAGGGCAGAUGAUAUGUUGGUGGAUGAGCCAAAGCCUUCCAAGCCUGCCCCUGAUGCUGAUGGGUGGACUGUUGUGCCACCGAAGCGCGGCGGCCGGGGCAAGAAUUAA